UUGGAUCCGUAUUACCUUGUUAGCAGGUUGGAUGUUAGCAGUACAUCGAGUGAGGCUGAGCUUCACUGGCGUGACAUAAUCAUUUCAAUAUCAAGCUGCUGUCUUUGUCAUAUUUCACGGCUGCUCACACUAAAAGACAAGCAUCCGCACUUGAGCAGACAUGACGACGCGUUCUGAAAGAGAAAAAGCUCAGAAAUUGAAUGAGCAGCAUCAGGCCAUUCUAUCGAAACUGCUGAGAGAGGACGAGAACAAAUACUGUGCCGACUGCGAAGCAAAAGGUCCUCGGUGGGCCUCAUGGAACCUUGGGGUGUUCAUGUGCAUCCGCUGUGCUGGCAUCCACCGCAACCUGGGUGUCCACAUCUCCAGAGUCAAAUCUGUCAAUCUAGACCAGUGGACCCCAGAGCAGAUGCAGAGUAUGGUGGACAUGGGUAACGGCCGGGCCAAGCAGCUGUAUGAAGCCCACCUUCCAGAGAACUUCUGUCGGCCACAGACUGACCAGGCUGUGGAGAUUUUCAUCCGUGACAAAUAUGAGAGGAAAAAAUACUACGACGAGACUCUGGCUACAACCCUGAAGUCAGGUGAAGGUGCUCCUCACUCCAACUCAUCAUCCUCCCAGGCUGUCAGAAGCAAACACGAGAAGGAACGUGAAAAGAAGAAAGAUGAGAAGAAAAAAGAGAAGGACUCUGAUCGAAACAACGUGAAGUCAGAGUCCAGAGCCAGUCCCAAGAAAAGUCCAGAUGCGUCUGUGGACCUUUUGAGCCUGGAUACUCCAGAUGGUCAACAAAAAAGCCCAACAAUCAAUGAUGAAGUGGACAUCUUUGGACCAAUGGUCUCCAACCCUCUACCCCCCUCCAGCAUCACGCAACAGGCUAAGCCUGAUUCCAGUAGAGCAGCUCAGCCAUUAGAUCCCUCCACCUCUUCAUCUUCCUCCUCUACUUCCACCUGUACCACCACAAGGGCAGAGGAGAAAAAGCUCUUAUCCAAAGACUCUAUACUGUCUCUGUACGCCACCAGCUCAGUGGGUAGUCAGCCACAGAGCCAGCAACAGCCUGCUACUGCCCAAGGAAUACACUUGGGCCAGCCUCAAAUAACACAGCAAGGCUUCAACAGCGCCAUGAUGGGAGGAGGGGCCAUGAUGCCAGGCAUGACUCUACCUAACUGCAGCUAUGCAGACAUGCAGCAGAAUAUGCACGGCGGCAUUCAGCAAGGACACUGGAGUGUGGGCCAGUUAUCCCAGCAGAUGUCAGACAUGGCCACCAAUGGAGGCGCAACACCAUCAAGCACGUCUGCAGCCAGUUGGUCCCCAGCGCCAAUAGCUUCUGGGCAGACCCUCAGCACUCAGCUGUGGAAGUGACGAGUGGGCAGCCCACAAAAUUUGUUGUGCGGCUUGUAGUACCUACACCAAAUUAACUCAUCCACUGCCAUCGACGCCUAUAGACGUCAACGAUCCGUUUUAACUGUCCUGGCAGUGAAUGAUUUAACAGACAUCCUCCAACGGCAUCGCGGAGGUUUCUUCUACAAAGCCAAUACAAUAAAGUAGGGGUGGGAGCACAGGCCACCGUCAUAUUUUUUCUGAAUUGGAUGUCAUUGGGAUUUUCUGUUCGUGUUGUGUGAAGAGUAGGUACAGUAACACAACAACACACAAUAGAAAACACUGCUGGACAGAGUAUUCACUAUAGUAGUAAUGUAAUACUGUAGGUCUAUAAUAUCAUGAAAAUGAAUAGAUAGUUGAUAGUCAUACAGUAGAUAUGGUUCCCUCGUGGUGGUUGGUCUCCGCUUUCUGCUGUGUAUGUUAAACUCCUCCCACAGCUGCCCUCACCUUCUUUAGAACCGACAGAGUCUCGUGGGCAGGUAAUCAAUCGUCUGACCAGUACUGUAUUUGUGUGAUAAUGAUGUGUGAACCACAGAGCCAUAGCCGGUGGUCAGGUCAGUGAUUCAUUUCUCAGACAUGUAUUGUGUUGUAUAUGUUUGGUCAUGAUGCCAAAUGACAGUGGAACCACACAUCUCUGUUUAUCCUUUCUAAUCAGUGUCGAAAUCCCAUCUGAGAAGCCGUAGUUCUAAAACCUAGCCGUGUAAUGUGAAAUCAAUCAAAAAUGAUUGCAUUUGUAAAUUGAUUUGAUAAAACUUUAAUGGGUGUUUAAAAAUUUAAAUUUUAAUAACCCAGAUAUGAUUUUAGUUGUUGAUGUUUUAUGCUCUUGUCAUUUUGGAAAAGCCGAUACAACUAACAUAGUUGUUUAGCCAAUUCUCAUUUACGUCCCCAACUAGCCGAGGGUUUCUCGAGUGCUUUAUGUAUUUAUGGGAAGAGCGCCGUGCUUUUUCUAUGCAUCGUGAUGGUGGAGCAUUGACAUUGCCUUCCAUUCUUUUAUUUGAAUGGGAAAGACACAAUUGUAAUUGUAAUGACAAAAUCAUUGUCAUUAUUGGAUUAGAAAUGAAAAUCUGUGCAAUGCAAAUACCUUUGGCUCCCCUCACUGCACAUCCCUGUCCACCAAUGAAGUGUACCAAGAAUUGCAUCUGUCAAAUGCACUAAAUUGCCAAGCAGUUCAUUUUGUUUGUUCUGUCAGGGGUUUAUGCAAAUAGAUUUAUUUAGCACACCCACUGUGAUUUAUCAAAUACAAUUCUGGCAAGAUUAAUUGCACCACUGUGGGUAAUCAUAAUGAGGAGGCAUGGGAAAUAUGAGUGGAGACCAGGAGAACUGAUCUUUUCCGCUCGUGCAAAAUGUUUGAACCAACAAUUAAUCACCAAUGCGGUUUCAGAGCUUCUGGGCGAUCUGAGGGCUGACUUGUGACCAGUCAUAAGAAGGAAUCAUGCCAUAUCUCCUAUGACUAAGCUGUUUUCAACUCUUCAUAUCAUAAUUCCAAUGCACAAUUGUCUGGUGCUGGCAUCUCCCAGAGCAGUUUUUCAUUUUUUGUAAAUGUAAAAAAUAAAUCGUAGACUCUCUGCGAUAUACCUGGCCACACAAUGCCCCACCCCCUCUAAGAAAGAAAUCCUAGCGCUGUCAGUGCAUGUGACACAUGUCCACUAACAGCGCGUGCUAUCCGUUAGCGUGAAAAUUUGGGAUCUUAGUAAAUUAGGCGCUUAGACUGUACGACUGUCCACAGUUGGGUUGUCCUAAACUAAGGUCUCCUAGGAGUAUCAGCCAUGUUGCAUAUUACACAAAGUCAGAUCAAGCUCCUGGGCUAUGAGCCAGUAAAGUCAUUCAUUUUUUCUGUAGACCUCUCUUGCAUUCCUGAAGCUAAAUUAAACCUCUGUGGAAUUACAGCGAUUCAUCUCGGUGCACUUUAAAUACCACAGAGCGAGCGCUGCAUCUCAGUGCAUUGUGGUUUUGUCUCAAGAUUGUCAUCAGGGAACAGAUAUGUGAAAUGUGUAUUUCAAAUGUAGUCUCCUCCUUCCAUCUAUAUAAUGCAAUUUCAAAUCCAUGGUUGAGUCUUAACCCGGUGUUCUGGCAUCCUUUUUUUUAUUGUGUGUGUUGUUGCGUGUGGUACAAGAGUAGCACAAUUACUGUGACACAAAUAAACCUGUACGACGAAUCACAUAAUGGUGAAAAAUGCCGGCUUGCUUGCAUUGUUGCCGUUGAGAGUAAAAGCAACAGUACAAAUGCACACACCAGAAAAAAUAAAUAAAAAAACUUGAAAGAUUCUCUGCCACACCAAUGCAGAGAAUCUCAUUCACUUGUAACAGGGUCCCUCUGCCACAUAAUACAUAUUCAUAAACAUAAUAACGUGGUUAGUGUGGAUGACACAUCAACACAUGACACGCCCGCCGGGUUUAUUUACAUUUGUGUUUACAUUUUCUGGUGCUUAAUACAAAACAUUUUUCUGUGUAUCAAUUUAUCCAUGUUUGUUGUUGACCAAGACUUCGACCCCACUGUGUGAGUACUGUAUUGUUGUUUGGGAAUUCCAUUCUAUUUGUAUUGGUCCCAGCAUUUACCAGCAGAACACGUGGAAUAAAGGAUGUUGAAUCCUAAA